GGUAAAAGAAAUCCUAACCAACCCAGGCUUUCACUCGUUCUAUAAAUAGCAUCUAACCCAACCCAUCUCAAUCCACGUCUUCACGAAAAACAAAAAAAGUUCUUUACAUAUUUUCAAACUUUUCACAGCCUUCAAUUCCAAGCAAGUUUAAGAUGGCUCGUACGAAGCAAACUGCCCGUAAAUCAACUGGAGGAAAGGCACCAAGGAAGCAACUUGCAACAAAGGCUGCCCGUAAAUCUGCCCCAACAACAGGAGGAGUUAAGAAGCCACACAGAUACAGGCCUGGAACUGUUGCACUUCGUGAAAUCCGCAAGUACCAGAAGAGUACUGAACUGUUGAUCAGGAAAUUGCCGUUCCAAAGGCUUGUUCGUGAAAUCGCUCAGGAUUUCAAGACUGAUUUGCGUUUCCAGAGCCACGCUGUGUUGGCUCUUCAGGAAGCAGCUGAAGCGUAUCUUGUUGGUUUGUUUGAGGAUACGAAUUUGUGUGCUAUUCAUGCAAAGAGGGUUACCAUCAUGCCCAAGGAUAUUCAGCUUGCAAGGAGGAUUAGGGGAGAAAGAGCUUAGGGUGUUUUGAUUUGUUGUUGAUUAGAUUGGUAAAGGCUCUUUUCCAAUUUGUGUUGUUUUUUAAUUUUUAGGAGAAUUGGUAUUAAUAGGUUUAUAGAUAUGAAUGGUUGUGCAUUACUGAAUAUUUGACAAUAUAUGGUUCGAGCUUAUUGGUAUUUCUUCUCUCAAAAUUCAAUGUUUUGUUCGAUUUUAUUGGUA